AUGAUGAAAGAAAUAAACUUAAAAGUCGUUUUAUAAAGGUAUAAUUUGAACUUAAAUAAUAAACAAGUUGAAUUGCAAAAUUUCAAUCCUAUAUCCUAAAAUGCACCAUAGUUAUCAAUACCUUUAGGAUUAUUGAGCAGAAAACAGAAAAAGCAGAAAAUCAGAAAAUGCAAAAAAUGUUCAGAAUUGAUUUUCACUCUAAAACCAAGAAAAAAACUCCAAAAAAUUUGCUUAUAGUGUUUAGAAUUGCAUUAUGACCAUGCUCUUUAUUUAUAAGCGGAUAAAGUAUAAGAUGUUAAUAAAGAAAAAACAGAAUUGCAGGUAGUCAUAUAAAUGUUCAAUAAAAGUAAAUAUGCAUUAAAAUAUUCAUUUUAACCUCUUGAUUCAUAAAUAUUGGAGUAAUAUAAUUUGAUAACUAUUAAGAAUCUGCCCUCACCAACCUUUACAUUCAAUAAUGAAAAUAUUAAAAGCGAUAUUUCACAAUAUUAAAAGUUCGAAGCCAUUUUAGUUCUUAAAAGAUUCCACGAAAAUACAGUUUGCAUUUUCUGUGACAGCUAAAAUAAAAUACCUUUAGAUUUAUAAUAAUUGAAUUAUAAUGUUAAUGUAUAAAAUGGAACAUUAUGA